ACCGCGGUGGGGGUCUGUGUACGGCAGUCGUCGCUCGGCGCACGCACGCCCGCGCCGCCUGCGCCUCGCGAGUGCUGUGAGUGAGUGUCAUGCGCCUCCAGAACCAGCGACAUGAGCGGGAAAGGCUCUUCCUCACCGGACCUACUCAUGAAUGUUAGUAUCGACCCCGUGUCCGCUGAUGCCAAGGACAUGAAGAUCUUAGAGCAUCCGAACUUGCGCGGCACGCCAUUGGCGAUGCUCGCUGCGCAGUGCAGCAAGCUGUCCAGCAAGUCGCCACCACCACUGGCUGAUGCAGCGGUCGGCAAAGGUUUUCAUCCGUGGAAGAAAAGCCCUGGAACACAUUCUCCACCGGGAGCCGGUUUGGUGCCUCGAUCGCAGGCGUCGGCUUGCACACCAUAUGCACGAGCCCCUACCUCAUGUGCUGCGGCGCCUUCAUACGGAAACGAGCUCUACUUUCCUUCAUCGGGUGAUCAGUUGCUAGGGAAAAGUGAAUCGAGCGCCAGUCUAGGCUCCAUGUACUCAAGACACCCUUACGAGUCCUGGCCUUUUAAUGUUGGAGGCGGCGGUGGUAGUGGUGCAUUGAAAGCAGCUGAAAUGGGCGGUGUAAGCGCUGUAGGUAGUACUUGGUGGGAUGUCCACAGUGGGUGGUUAGACGUUGGAGGUCAAAUGGCAAACUACGCUGGGCAAGAUUAUUCUCAAUUGACGCACUCUCUUUCUGGUGGAGCUCAUUUACUUCCUCCAGCGCCGCACCUCCUACAAGAUGCAUAUAAAUCCGUGUUGCCUACACAGGGAUCUUUCGGUCUUCAUGCACCAGGAUCCCCCGCACCACCAGCUCAGGCUCCGUCACCGCGAUCUCAGCGACGAUACGCCGGCCGCGCUACUUGUGACUGUCCUAACUGUCAAGAGGCCGAAAGACUCGGACCGGCUGGAGCUCAUCUUCGUAAGAAAAAUAUACAUAGUUGUCAUAUACCUGGAUGUGGAAAAGUAUACGGGAAAACAUCCCAUCUUAAGGCUCAUCUACGCUGGCACACUGGCGAGAGGCCUUUCGUGUGCAACUGGCUGUUCUGUGGAAAACGUUUCACACGCUCUGAUGAACUACAGAGGCAUCUGAGAACGCACACAGGCGAAAAAAGAUUUGCAUGUCCUGUGUGCAACAAACGUUUCAUGAGGUCGGAUCAUCUCGCUAAACACGUCAAGACUCAUAAUGGAGGAAAGAAGGGCAGUUCGGAAUCUUGCUCGGAUUCCGAAGAGAAUAGCCAAGGGGAGAGUCAUGCUGGUGGAAGGUCGCCAGAGCAUCACUUGGAUGUGAAACCAGGUGCACUCGUGUGACGGGGGUCCGCGGCGCUGCCAGUGCCGCACCACGCCUCGCUCCUGUGAUAAAAACAGCCGACGUCUCCGCUCGUGUAAAUAGCACAUAUCACUGUAAAACGUUGAAAAAUUAUAGACAUUUAGCAGUGAGAUUUAUAGUGCAUUUGUGGUGAACUAAAGUGUACAGUAUAUAUAUAUAAAAUAUUGUUUAUAAUUAUUAAGUUAGAUAUAUAUACAACAAGAUAGUUUAAGUAGAAUCGCACUCUUAGUCCAAAAUAACAGUUGUAAUUUAUUUCUUUAAUAUUUUUAUUUUAAUGAAGUAUAUAUAUAUAUAUGUUCGAGGUGAAAUCCUUGUAAAUGAAAAUAACAGUAUAUCCUAUAUAACACUUGGAAUACUUAUUUUCUGGGUAAAAAAAAAUAUAUAUUUUUUUAGUUUUUUUUUAUUAAAUUUCUUUGCAAAUCAGUACUAUGUAGUCUGAAUUGAUAAAACAAUAGGUGUUUUCUUAUUAAUUAUCUUAAAGCAUCUAAAAAAAAUAUACGUAGUAAAUAACACUAUAAACAAAUUGUUUGUUAAGAAACGUCCAACGAUUGUGAACGAUUGCCCUGGUUUGUGAGUAUCAACGCCGAAGACAGUGAUUAUUUUUGUUAAUAAAGUUAUAUUGCAUAAGCUUCAAGAUUUAAAUAUAUGAAAAAUAUUUGUUACGUGUACAAAAUUGUGCGAAUAAAUUUUUGCCUGAUAUGAUUUUAUAAAAAUUGAAUAUAUUUUUUCCGAGUGGA